UUAAUUUAAAUUUUUCAAAUGGAUAACGAAUUUUGAAGGUAAGAAGAAAGCUGGGAGUGAUUUGAAAGAUUUUGAAGUAUUUAAAAUUGAAUUUUAAACCAAAGGAAUGGUGAUAGAUUUUUUAGAAGUAACAAAUACUUGGAUAGAAAUUUUAAUGAUAUGAAUGAGAAAAUGAGAGAUUAUGAGCGAUAUACAAAAGAAAAUGAUAGAAAAAUGUUAAGGAAGUAUAGAGGAGCUUAUUCAAGCAGCUAUUUAGGACAUACUAAUUAUUCCUCAUCUCUGAGAAGGAAGCAAUUUGAAAGAGAUCAGCACAGAAAUGCAUUAUUAGAAAAUUCAAUAAAAAUUCAUAAAAGAGAAGUCUCUCAAGAUACUCUUGAUUCUGACUUUCAAUUAUCAGGGUCUCACCAAAGGAUUCUAAGAAGAGAUCAUUUUUGUAUUCCUAACUGCAAAAGCACUCCAAGUCUUCAUCCCCACAAUUCAAGAAUAAAUAAAAGAGUUGAAAAGCUGAAAUAUGAGCCAGAAGAGUUGAGAUCUUCCAACUUUCACAACGACUUAAACUUUAAAACUUAUGAUACUGAUCAUUUUCGAGAUGGAACAAUCACUUUACAACAAGAUUGAUCUCCUUUUCUUCGGACCCUGCAGACCACGAGAAUAGGGUCAUAUCAGUACCAUCCUCGAAGAGAUUACUACAGAGCCCAAAUAGAUUCCUACUACAAUUCUAAAGCCGAGCAUGAGAAUGCAGAUCUGUCUGCCAAAAUUAGCUCUCUUCGUUCUUGAAUCAAUGAAAUUGAGAAGAAACAGGAUGUUCUCCUUAAUAGGAUUGACUCGAAGAUCCAGUCACGCCCUUGAUUUACCUCCAGAAAUGAUCUGAAUUACUCUGCUCUCAGCAGAGUUCAUACAAAUCUUCCUCGGAAAGCAGAUAUCCCUGGCCAAGUGGCCAGGGACAUUCAGAGGAAAGUCCAACAGAAAUCUGAAACAAUUAAGAAGAAAUAUUCUCAGGGAAGUCCUGAAGGUUACUGUCCAAGGAGCCAACCUGCUAAAGUGAAAAUGGAAGAACCCAAGCAAGAGAAAUUUAGCCGAGAUCUUCAGAAGGAAGCAGAAGCUAAGCAAGAAGAAGAAAGAAAGGAUUCUAAGAAUGAUGCAAAUUUGAGCUCGAUUCAGCAAUUUGAAAAGAAUAUUAUUCAAGAUUCGCAAAUAGAAGAAACUAAAAAGAAAGAAGGAAGUGCUUCAGAAGAGAAACCUUCAUCUCCCAAUAGGAGUACAAACCAGAACAGAGAAAAUUCUGAGGAUAGAAUCGAUGCAAUGAUUAGUGAUAGAAAGCAGAAAAUAGAGAAAUCAAGGAAAGAACGACAAGACAGAGUUCUCUAUAGUGACAGAAGCCGAGACUCUAAUGGUCAAUACAGUUUCUCUGAUUCUAAAAACUUAUUCUUAAGCUCAAACAAGCCUUUUGAAAAGCAUGAAUUGAUUAAUGAUUCAUUUGGAACACCAGAGACUAAAAUUCCCAAGCCUCAGAAUGUUGCUGUCUUAUCUAGAGUACCUACAGAGCCUGAUCUAGCUCGAAGAAAUAACAACGACCACAUCAUAGACUCUUUGCAUGCUCAGAGCAAGAACCUGGCCUCUUUUCUACCGCCAUCACGUGAAGAGCCAGUGCCCAUUACUCUAGAGCAUACUGAUCUACCAAUAGCUUAUAAAUCUUCGCCUGAUAUUAUAAGUUUCCAGUAUCAGCCUCGUACAUCCCAAGAAUCAACGACUCGUAAAUAAGUUAUUCCAUUCCCCUAGGGAGCCUAUUGAAGAAGAAGUGAAAAACUCAACUUCUAAAGCUAAAAACUCCCCUAUGGGGUACAUCUACAGCCCAGAUACAUCCUCGGCGAUGCGUGCUAAGGACCUCCACUGUGGACGUGGUAGCUCCCCACUGCGAAUCAAGUUAGAGUCCAAAAACCCAAACCAAAGCAGGAGCAACUCUAUCUCUAGACGAACUCCUCACAAAGUAGAGUAUUACUACAAUAAUGGGGUGAUUAAUAUAAGUACACCUGAAAGAGAAGGCCAUGAUCAGUCUCAAACUCAAGCUCAAAAUUCAUCGAAGGACAGGGUCAUCAGCCAGCUUAAGAAGGCUAUAAAAGAUGCCAAGAAGGAAUUUAGAGGUAAAAGAGUGUUGGUCAAAGAUAAGAAUAAAGAGAAAACUAAACUUUAUAAGUGAGAUACUGGGUCUUUAGUAAGAAAUAAAUCAAGAAAGUCAGGGAAGAAGAAGUGAAUGAAGAAGGUUAAGAAGAGUUUUGAAAGUGCUAGUGUGGAAAGAGACAAAAAGUUUAGAAAUGACUGUGCGAACAGGAAGAAUUUUAAGAAGGAAGAGGAAUUUAGGGACUGAAGAGGUGGUAUGAGCAGGAAAGAGAAGAGAGAGGGUGAAGGAGGGUUUAAGAAGAAACGGCCUGCUUCGGUGGGGAUUAGGACUGAGAAGGGUAGAAAUGUGUCAGAAUCACGUAUGGCUCAAGUGCAGAGGAAGAAGCAGGAGAUGUUUAGAAAAAGACAGGAAGAGUUAGAGGAGAAGUUUAGGAAGAGAGGGGUUCAGAAGCAAUCUCGUUAUAAUACUCGUAAAGGGGGUUCUCGUAAAGCAAAGGAUAAUUCAACUAUUCGAAAUAAAUUAAUGGCUCAAGAUCAUGAUAAAAUAACGGAAAAGAGUAGUGAAAAGGAGCAGGAGAGAUAUUAGAGGAAAUUCAUAAAAAUUUGC